AUGCCGUUUCUUGUAGCAAGAGAUCAUGCAGCAAGUCAUGCGUGCUUGACACUUGACUCUAUGGUCCCAAGUCAAACCAAGCCAAUGUUCACGGGAAUAUCAAGCUUCGGUUCUUCUUCGGACUAUGACUCCCGUUCUCGAUUGAAUCUAGGGGAGACUUCAAACGACUGCAAAUCUUAUCACUUCCAAAAUGCCCUGAGCCGUUCCACAGUGUUUGAGAUAGCUGCGAAAUUUCAAGGUCCGAUCGAAUGCCCGGUACCCAAGCACUCGGAUCUUUUGUGCAAGAGAUGUUUGAAAUGA